UUGACCUCAAAAGUAAUGGAGGAAAUGGUGGAGUGUCGAUCUACAGCUUCCAGAAAGCAAGUGGUCCAGAUUGUGGGAACAUUCAUAAUAUAACAGAUUUCCGACUUACAGCUUUUUGGAAAAGUUGGGCAUGUACUUCACUUUAUCCAUUUUUUCACUGCCGCAUAUGUAAAAUUUCUCUUUAUAUUAUUUGAAUGCUUAACAGAUGAUUACACCAUAUCCAGCUUCACCAUAUGAUUAAUGCAGAAAACGGAACUGGCUUCAACCUUAGGUUCGAUCCCGGUGCCGGCAAUACCCAUACGAACGGAUACACACCACUUAAUUUCUUCAAUCUCAUUUUCAUUUAUACUGAAGCGACAUCUGCUUAUAGUGUUGCUAUUGACGUUCACAACAUUUUCCGCAUAUUCUGCUGUUAUUAAAUCAGGAUGCCGAAAACACGGUACGCAAUAUGUCAUCGACGAACCGGGAUGUGAUCUAGUUGCGGUAAAUGUGAAUAUGUGUUCCGGUUAUUGUAUGUCUUUUUCGUUCGUUAAUCCGGAAGAAAAUUCAAUUACAGUGCACGGAAGAUGCUGCAGGAUGGUCGAUAAUGAAUGGGUAAAAGCGAAGGUAGCAUGUGAAGGUGGUGAUCGAGUUAUGAGAAUUCCUAGUGCAACUGAAUGUAGAUGUUUCGAUUGCGCUUGAAAGACUGUAAGAGGAAGGAAUAAAGAAUUGAUUUAAUACAAUUCUUUUUCAUUAGUUUGUUCGUUGCUUUGUUGCAACUAUUCUGCUUCCAGAAUUACGUUUCUCAUAAAAUUGAAGAGGAAUUGAGGAUUUGGAGAAGAAACUAAAUUUGUUAAUUUGUUCAGAUUAUCGUGACCUGUGAUCCCAGCUUUAUCAAUACUUUAAAGUUGCUGUUUAACUUAUUUCACCUCGCUAAUCUUCUUAAUACGAAGCGAUGAAGUCUGAAU